GUCGUGAACCUGCGGACCAUCUAUGGAAAAGGUAGCGUGCAAUUAACUCGUGCCUAAAUGGUAUGCGUGUUUUUUGUGUGCAGGAGCCUUUGGCUGGUCACUUUUUCUUAUUUCAAGCAGAUAAUAAGCUCUUUUAAUGGGUCAUGAACAAGAGUAGCAUCUGUAGGAAGCUUUUAGCCAUCAAUUAACUCGUGCCUCAAUGGUCAUUUAUUAGAUGAUUGUUUACCUCCUGCAGUGCCUAAACCUUUUCCUUUGGAAGAAAUGAAUGCACCUUUCAGAGGAGAUUUUAACACAGUGUCUUGUCAUCCCAUGCAGAUGAACAGCUUGUCCAAUAAAUGAAGAGUCAAAGAACAAUAUUUGGGAGGAUACCAACCAAGGCCACCAAGUCUGGGGCAGCUGGACACAACCUCACCCCAAGGCAGGUGCCUCAAUUGUCCGCUGUGCCCUGUGAGGAGGUGGAGGAGCCACUGGAGUGCACUUCAGCCAUGAACCUUUCCACCAGUGAAGAGCGCUACAGAAGGCGUGGUCAACGCGAUACUGAAAGUUGGGAAUCAUCACCUGUUGGUACGCCACACCUUGACGGACGAGAAGUAGAGAUGAGUUUUAUCUUGGAGCAGGUGAGGGAUGCCCUAAAGAAGGUAGAGGAUGACCGGAGGGGUAAAACACUUCUGCAGGAGUUCCUAUUUAAGAUGACAGGGUUCAUCGCCACCAUGAUUCACGUCCACCCACCUGUGCAAUACAUGGCAAUAUGUAGGCAACUUGUAAAUGAUGCCAUCAAUCACUGCCACACGUAUGCCCAGCCAGAUCCACAACUGCAACGUCAGCAGGUGGCACCACGUCAAAUUAAUCCGAUGGUGCAGCUCUGGAACCAUUCUGAGCAGCUUUCAUCAAGACCACAGCCACAACAGAUGCGAAUGGCGGCACAGCCACAAUUCAAUGCUGGACAGAGGCAGGACACUGACUUCCAGCCCACAGGAUCUGUGUUGUCUGCAAUCGCCACAGAUUAUUCUGAUCAAGGUGUUUCCUCAAGAGGUGCAUCACCUGAACCAAGGGAAGGUUUCUUCCGGGACAUGGGGAAUGAAUAAUGUAACGUUUGAUGUGGUUGUUUACCGUUUGAUAAAAGAUUGUUGAAGUUUGUUGUUAUUGCUGUUUAGACUUGUUUUGUUUUGUUUCAAGUCAUGUAAUUUUAAAAUUUUGAUCUAUGAAGCCUGUUUAAAAAUGUUUUGAUAAUAAUUUGGGUGAUCACUUUUUGUAAACUUUGCACAAUAAAGGUAAUAAUUGUUUAUUCAAACCAAAAUUGAUGUCUAAGAAACAUUUUUUCAAUGUCAGCAGAACAUCUCAUCUCUUAAGUCUCAAAAAUCAUGAAUAAUGUUUACGGAUUACUGAGAAGCUGGAUCAGGGAGGGAAUUCUCAGCCUCUCACAUGUGCUAUAAUGAGUGAUAAAAAACACAACGCCACCAGUGCUCUCCAUUUGCAAGGGAAUUUUAUUGCACCUAUUGAUGGGUCAGUAAAUAAAACAAACAGCACACUAGAUGGAAAACAAAAUGUUUGCACAUCUCUUAAAAGGCACUGAAAUCUCCAACAUACAAGGACAUUUUCACACCAUCUUGGUAAAUGCAAGUAAGGAAGUGAAUUGCUAAGGGAUUUAUCAAACAUUGAAAUAAUGCUGUACAUAAAAAGUAAAGCAAAAGAGCUCUUAUCUGUGAAAACCAAAUUAAGUUGCAAUAGAACGCUUGCAUAAUGAAAAAAGAUUAACAGACCAUUUUUCUAAGAUGAGCACAGUUUUUGGAUAAAACAACUGCAAAUAAGUCUUUCUGUCAAAUUAAUUCAUCUGGAAUUAAACAAAAUUAGCUUGAUUUCAAUUGUUUUCAAAAAAAACUUUUAUUGCCUUCAGUGCAGUCUCCUCCUGCAGUGCUUCACCACAGUUUGUGCAGUGUCAUGCUGACGUCCUGUUCCUCAAAUAGCAUUGUUCUGCCAUGGUACACUACCCAGGGAGGGCUGAGUUGUAGUAAGAGCAGAGAUGUUCUCUCUGCUCUUUGCCACCCUUGAACUGGUUUUACGUGGCAAUCCCUGCAGUGAUACCAUAGGUAUCUCCUGCUCUGCACGUACCUGUUGUUAUGUUUCCGUGCGGACGUCAACCAAGUCACCCUCCUCCAUGGCUGUAGCUGAUGCUGCAGCACAUCUGACACGGACAACGUUGUGGAGGACACAUGCUGCAAACGCAAUCGUCUCAACAUUCUUGGGCACCUGCUCCGUAGUAGUCAGCAAGCAACGAAAUCUGCUUGAGAGGAUUCAAAAUGCGUUUUCGACAACCCUCCUAGCCCUGGAAAGCCUAUAAUUAAAGAUCCUUUGAUCCCAUGUCAAAUUCCUGUGUGGAUAUGGCUUCAUCAUCCACGGCCUGAGUGCAAAGGCAUCAUCACCAACCACACUGUAGAAUAUGUCCGGGUUGUCGUCUCCUGGCAGAGGUUCGGGGUCAGGCAUGUUCCAUUUUCCAUUGACUGCCCGAGAGGACUCUCUCUCCAGAUCCUGGCAUCUGCUACACUGCCAGGUGUGCCCACAUCCACAUACAGGAAUUUGUAGUCUGAGUCCAACUGAGUGAAAAUUCUUGUAAUUGUAGUAUUUUGAACCUCCCUUGGGUGGACAGCUGUUGCAACGUUUGCCAUCCACUGCCCCACAUGUAUGUUUAAAAUUCCAUUGUUUAUCAAAGCCCUGUGCCACUCUCUUCCAAUCAUUUGGUGUUCUGGGGCAGUCGAUCACAUUAUCCCCAUAUACAUCAAUGAUUGCCUCACAGGUCUCUCGGACAAUCUUACUGAUAGUGUUGUGGACUACAAGAAAGUUGUAGCAGAGUCCCCUGAUGCCAAAUGGCGGAGUGUGAUGGUCAGGCACAGUCCUGGUUCCAGUCGCUUCCUCAUAUAGGUCUCCUUUGUUUCCCAGCAGGGGACCCACUGUUUCCUCCAGCUCAUUAAACAUGGAAACAUAGAUAGAAACAUAUAAAAUAGGUACAGGAGGAGGCCAUUCGGCCCUCCGAGCCAGCACCGCCAUUCAUUGUGAUCAUGGCUGAUCGUCCCCUAUCAAUAACCCGUGCCUGCCUUCUCCCCAUAUCCCUUGACUCCACUAGCCCCUAGAGCUCUAUCUAUCUCUCUCUUAAAUCCAUCCGGUGACUUGGCCUCCACUCCCUCUGUGGCAGGGAAUUCCAUAAAUUCACAACUCUCUGGGUGAAAACGUUUUUUCUCACCUCAGUCUUAAAUGACCUCCCCUUUAUUCUAAGACUGUGGCCCCUGGUUCUGGACUCACCCAACAUUGGGAAAAUGUUUCCUGCAUCUAGCUUGACUAGUCCUUUUAUAAUUUUAUAUGUUUCUAUAAGAGAACCCCUCAUCCUUCUAAACUCCCGUGAAUACAAGCCUAGUCUUUUCAAUCUUUCCUCAUAUGACAGUCUCGCCAUCCCAGGGAUCAAUCUCGUGAACCUAAGCUGCACUGCUUCAAUCACAAGGAUGACCUUCCUCAAAUUAGGAGACCAACACUGUACACAAUACUCCAGAUGUGGUCUCACCAGAGCCCUAUACAAUUGCAGAAGAACUUCUUUACUCCUAUACUGAAAUCCUCUUGUUAUGAAGGCCAACAUUCCAUUAGCUUUCUUCACUGCCUGCUGUACCUGUAAGCCAACUUUCAGUGAUCGGUGUACAAGGACACCCAGGUCUCGCUGCACCUCCCCCUUACCUAACCUAACCCCAUUGAGAUAAUAAACAGCUCAGGUGUGAUUCGUAGAAAGUUUUUAAAUGCAGACAAAUCCUCAUCUUGCAGCACAAACAUCAGGUUAUCUAUCAUACUGUCCAAGCCUCAAUCUUCUUUGCAAGAAGGGCUUCACCCACUGACACCACUUCUUCUGCUUCCUCUUCACCCUUGUGCUUUCCCUUCUGCUUUUCUUGAAAGGCUGAAGCAAAAGAGCCGCUGCUGACAGCAGUAGAUGUACUUUUAG